AUGGUCGUGUCGUCUCUGCCCGCCUCCUACGCCUUCGGCCUAGUAGCGGCCGGCAGCGGCGCAGUGGCCGCUGCGGUAGGCGGGCGCGCCGGGGCCGCCAACCUCGCGCGCUGCUGCUCCUCCAGGCUGUCGGCCCUGCCGACACACGGCGUCGGCCAAUCAUCACCGGGCGGCUUCGACCGCUCGCGGAGACUGAGUGCCUUCGGAAUCUUCGCUGCGGGUGAAGGGCGGACGAUAACUGCCGGCCGCCGCAUCAGCAGGCGGAGCAAGGCUGGUCCCCUCCCUUCGUGGACAAGCUCGCCGAGCAGCAGCAGUGCCUUCUACCCUAACGGCGGGAGGAUCCAGGGCGGCGGUGGUGGCCGGGCACGCCGGCGGGGAUUGUGCUCGGCAACGAGCGACGUAGCAGCGGCAAGCGAAGGCGGCGCCGCCACCGCCGCCGCCGGUGCCGCCGUUCCGGGUGCGGUCGCCGAGAAGAAGCCUGCCAAAGCGAACAAGAAAAAGGGCGGCGGCGGCGGGGGGGGGAAGAAAGGGGGCAAGGCGGGCGGGGGGAAGAAGAAGGGGGGUGCCCCGGCAGAGGACACUCCGGUGGCGGAGUUACGCGCGGUUCGUAUCGGGAAGGCGGAGGAGAUACGCGCGGCCGGCGGGAACCCGUACGCCUACAGCUGGGACGUGACCCACUCCAGCAGCGAGCUGCAGAAGCAGUGGGAGGGACUGGAGGCAGGCACCGAGGACGAGGAGGCCGAGGUGUCGGUGGCGGGGCGAAUCAUGGCCCGAAGGGUCUUCGGCAAGCUGGCCUUCUUCAACAUGCAGGACUCGGAAGGGUCUUUCCAGCUGUACAUCGACAAGGGGAGGCUUGGAGACGAGUUUAAGGAUCUCAAGACGUGGACCGAUGCGGGAGACAUCGUUGGCGCCAAGGGUACGGUUAAGCGCACUGAUAAGGGCGAACUCUCGGUGUACGUGAAGAGCUGGGCCAUGCUCUCCAAGAGCGUGCUGCCGCUGCCCGACAAGUUCCACGGCCUCAAGGACACUGAGAAGCGGUACCGACAGAGGCACGUGGACAUGAUGGUCAACCCGGCUGUCCGGGACGUGUUCCGAAUGAGGGCCAAGGUGACAUCCUUCAUUCGACGAUCUCUGGACGACGACGACUUCCUUGAAAUCGAAACCCCCGUGCUGCAGUCCAUUGCCGGCGGGGCGGCGGCCAAGCCGUUCGCCACCCACCACAACGUGUUGGACAUGCCGCUCACCCUUCGCAUCGCCACGGAGCUGCACCUCAAGCGCCUGGUCGUAGGGGGGUUCGACAGAGUGUACGAGUUGGGCCGCAUCUUCCGGAACGAGGGCAUCAGCACGAGGCACAACCCGGAGUUUACCUCGGUAGAGGUAUACCAGGCUUACGCGGACUACCACGACAUGAUGGAGCUCACCGAGAGGCUCGUGGCCGGGGCCGCCUCGGAGGUGCUGGGCACGACCGCUGUGUCGGGAGGGGAAGAGGAGGGGGCUCCGCCGGAUGUGGACCUGAAGGCUCCGUGGAGAAGAGUGACGAUGAACGACCUCGUCAGGGAAAAGAUUGGGCUGGAUUUCGAGGCUCUGGAUAUGUCCGACCCCGCCGCGGCCCUCGCCACAGCCAGGGAGACUGCCCUGAAAGCCGGCGUCCACAAGGCCGCCGGCUUGGAAACCCCGGGUUACAUCUUGAACGAGUGUUUCGAGGAGCUCUGCGAGGCAGACCUGAUCCAGCCAACCAUUGUCAUGGACCACCCCAUCGAGGUGAGCCCGCUCGCGAAGCCUCACCGCACCAAACCCGGAUACACGGAACGGUUCGAGGUGUUCGUGCAGGGCAGGGAGAUGGCCAACGCCUUCAGCGAGCUCACCGACCCCGUCGACCAGCGCAACCGCUUCGAGCUGCAGGCCGCUAAGAAGGCUGCGGGAGACGAGGAAGCUUGCGAUGUUGACGACGAUUUCCUUGAUGCUCUGGAGCGCGGCAUGCCCCCGACGGCUGGGCUCGGGAUUGGCAUUGACCGCCUCAUCAUGCUCUUGGCGGGGGCGACGUCCAUCCGAGACGUGAUCGCGUUCCCCCUGCUGAGAGCUGAGAACAGCGAAGGUGCAGCAGCGGCUGCGGCGGCGGCGGAGAAGGCUUGAUCGUUUUGAUUGCGUUAGCGCUAAGCUCUCGUUGGCGCUGCUGGGGGAUGAUCGACGUGGGACAUGUUACAGCCAAGAGCGGGAAACUGUCGUAUCUACCGUAUCUACCCUACGUCUUGACACAAGCGCACAAGAGGGAACUUGUGUGGUUUAGGCUAUCAUAUCAAGGCUAGAGGCACGAGAUGCACUAAAUAGUUGUCAAGGGAGUUAAGUAACGCCGAUUACAGAAUUUUGCAAUUUUUGUGUUGGGAUGCGUGUAACAUCUGAGCAUUUUUUUUCAGUGAGAUCGCGACAGGCAGUAUUUUUGAAGUCUAAGCUGGCACUACAUGAUCGCAGGUCGAUACGCAGACCAUGCUUUGUUUUGGGCUACAACGUUCCAACAUGGGAAGUACGUGGGGAUAAGAUUCGUCUAGCUAUGC